AUGUCUAUUCCUAGCAGCAAAGAAAGUCAAGCACUCCAGUCUCCUUCCCUUUCUUUCCUUAAGCUCCCUUUAUUGCACCAGUCUCGGUCGUCGCUGUGACUGUUUGUGUUUGUGUUUGUGUUUGUGAGAGAGAGAGAGGGGGGGACAGAAAGAGAGAGCUUUGGAAAAACUAGUAGUACUGAUAUUAUGGAAUAGCCUGAUAGGCAUUGCUUCUUUGACCCGAUCCCCUCAACAGUAAAAAUCCAUCAUCUCAAACAAAUCUUUCUUCUAGCUUUUCUUCCCAAAGACUUGAUCUUUUUCCUUGUCCAUCUGAACUGCAGUCGGAAGUCUGAAGACCCAUUUGCUGAAAGCCAUUAUAAAGAUUCACACCGGCUGUAAAUAUAUAUCUUUGCUUGCUAAUCUUCUUUUGAGAGUGCUGAUUUGUUUCUGUUGGUGUGCAUUUGGUUUGGGGGACCUUAUGAGGCUUGGAGUUUCCAAAUCUGUAUAUACAAGUAUUCUGUGUGCCAGUCAACCAUAUAAGUAGUUUUUCAUCCCUUGGACUAUUUAGUUUCUGCUUGUGCCUUGACGAGGAUGUCACUCCAUAGACGAGCUCUUACUGCUCUUGCUGCUGUCCUUGCCUGGUUUUUUGCCAAUGCUUCUUUCAGUAAUGGUAAUCCGAGAGAUGUUGAUUGUCUGAGAGCUGUAAAACAGACGUUAGAAGAUCCGUUGAAUUCCUUAUCUACAUGGAAUUUUGACAAUUCAACCGAAGGUUUUAUCUGCAAGUUUACUGGAAUUGAAUGCUGGCAUCCAGAUGAGAAUAAGGUGUUAAAUGUACGACUUUCGAGCAUGGGACUGAAGGGGGAGUUUCCGCGUGAUCUUGCAAAUUGCUCAUCUCUGACAGGUUUAGAUCUUUCCAGCAACAACAUCAGUGGAAAAAUUCCACCUGACAUCUCCAGUAUAAUUAAGUUUGUUACCACUCUUGAUCUGUCCUCCAACCAUUUAUCGGGACAAAUCCCAGAAGAUCUUGCAAAUUGUUCAUUUUUAAACAGUCUUAAGCUGGACAACAACCAACUAACGGGGCAUAUUCCUCUAGAGAUUGGUCUACUUGAUCGACUGAAGACAUUUAGUGUAAAAAACAAUCAGCUGACUGGGCCUGUUCCAACGUUUAUAAAUGCUAGUGUUAAUGCAGACAGCUAUGCAAGUAAUCCAGGGCUAUGUGGGAGUCCGCUGCCGGCGUGCCAGGGUCCUUCAAAGAAACCACGGACAGGAAUUAUUGUCGGGGCAGCUGUUGGUGGGGUAACCAUUGCAGCUUUAGCGGUUGGUUUUGGAAUGUUCUUCUUUAUGCGUAGGUUGCCUGGAAAGAAGAAGGAAGAUGAUCCUGAAGGAAACAAAUGGGCAAAGAGCCUUAAGGGUGCCAAAGGCACCAAGCUUUCAAUGUUUGAGAAAUCAGUUUCAAAAAUGAGAUUAAGUGAUUUAAUGAAGGCCACCAGCAAUUUUAGCAAAAACAACAUAAUUGGGUCUGGAAGAACGGGUGCUAUGUACAAGGCAUUACUUGAGGAUGGAACAUCACUCAUGGUGAAGAGGUUGCAGGACACUCAGCACUCAGAGAAAGAGUUUGUUUCUGAGAUGGCUACAUUAGGAAAUAUAAGGCACCGCAACUUGGUUCCUCUCCUGGGGUUUUGCAUGGCUAAGAAAGAGAGGCUUUUAGUCUACAAGCUUAUGCCGAAUGGAUCCCUCCAUGAUAAACUGCAUUUCCCACAUGAUGCUGACAAAAAAAUGGAUUGGCCUUUGAGGCUUAAAAUUGCUGUUCGAGCAGCUAAAGGUUUUGCAUGGCUCCAUCAUAAUUGCAAUCCUCGCAUUAUUCAUCGAAAUAUAAGCUCCAAAUGCAUUUUGUUGGAUGUUGACUUUGAACCCAAGAUAUCUGAUUUUGGACUUGCUCGGCUUAUGAACCCCAUUGACACUCAUUUGAGUACUUUUGUCAAUGGAGAAUUUGGUGACUUGGGUUAUGUUGCCCCUGAGUAUACAAGAACCCUAGUGGCCACUCCAAAGGGGGAUGUCUUCAGUUUCGGUGUUGUGCUUCUUGAGUUGGUUACAGGAGAGCUGCCUACCUCUGUGGCAAAGGCACCAGAAAGCUUUAAGGGAAACCUGGUGGAAUGGAUUUCCAAUCUAUCAAUCAACUCCAAACUUCACGAUGCAAUUGAUCAGUCUUUGGUUGCAAAGGGUUAUGAUGGUGAGCUUUUCCAGUUUCUCAAAGUUGCCUGUAGCUGUGUACUGCCUGCACCCAAGGAGAGGCCUACAAUGUUUGAAGUAUACCAGCUUUUAAGGGCCAUUGGACAGCGAUAUAACUUCACCACAGAAGAUGACAUUUUGGUGCUUUCAGAAAAUGGAGAUGCAGAUCAACUACAGGAGCUUAUUGUUGCUCGUGAAGGAAUAGAGAUGCAAUAAAGCGCGAUAUUGCCCUGAUGGUGCAUUGCAUGCUUCUGUGGCUGUAUUACAUCAGAAAGACGCAAUUUUUCAAGCAUGGUUAUGCUUUCAAAAAGGCUUGGAUAAUAUAUGGCACAACAACCAAUAGAGUCUCAGAUGGCCAUGACAGUGUGUAAUUUCAGAACAGCAGUGUGUUGUUUCAUAGUUAAAACUGAGAGAAACAAACGAGGCAUGGACAUUACAAGUUUUAUCCUCGUAAUAUCACACUCGUAUGUCUCCUUUAUUCUUCCAUCUUCCUCUUUAAUACCUCAUUCCCAAGAGAUAAUAUGGGUAGGGGUAGCUAAAUAUACUUCGCAUAAGUGACAAAUUUCUCGUGUGUUCCCUGCCUUCCCUUUCGUCAGUAAACCUUGUGGUAAAUGUCCUACUACUUUAUUGGGAACUUCAUUAGGGGAGCAAGACAUGCAACGAUACACUUAGCGGACAGCGUCUAUCCUGCCACUCUGCCUAGUUUGAAAGCACACUUGCAUGAAGACAUGCACACACACACACACACACGAACAAUUAGAGACAUGCACAUGUACACAUACAUAAAUUGAAAGCAGUGAUUAAGCUGACCGACAGCAGUAAAAAAGGGAUUACCUUUCCUGUA